CAGUGGCUCCAAUGGUGAAGAUGACAAGGUCCAAGACUUUCCAGGCAUAUCUGCCUUCAUGCCAUAGAACCUAUAGCUGCAUUCACUGCAGGGCUCAUCUUGCCAAUCAUGAUGAACUCAUUUCCAAGUCCUUUCAAGGAAGCCAAGGGCGAGCAUACCUCUUCAAUUCAGUAGUUAAUGUGGGUUGCGGCCCUGCAGAGGAGCGGGUGUUACUAACAGGAUUACACGCAGUUGCAGACAUUUAUUGUGAAAACUGCAAAACCACACUGGGCUGGAAAUAUGAACACGCUUUUGAGAGCAGCCAGAAGUAUAAAGAAGGCAAAUACAUCAUCGAACUAGCUCACAUGAUCAAGGAUAAUGGCUGGGAUUGAAUGGGAAGAGCCCAGCCAAACCAGCGUGUAAGAGAAUGCCAUCCAACAGAACAUUAUAUCCAAGAGUGAGAGAGUGACCGAACGCUUGGUUCCAUGCAUUUAGAGGCUCUGCCAUUUGGGAGCAUCUUCACACCCUUCUCCAUCUUUAUUGGUGACUGGCCUCUAAAUUUCUGUCUCUCCGUCUCUUUGCUUUUUAUCUGUUUGUGAGUUGACCCUGGCUGCUUCUCUCUGUGUUCUGGUGUUGGCUAAGAGAAUGCACCAAAUGCCUGACAGCAUUCCAUGUUUAUGAAUGUCUAAGUACAAACUGAAGUUGGCUCUUUGGUGGCAUUUUAUCAGAGGGUCUCAGUGUGGGAGGGAGACCAGAGUUUUGGGCAGGAGGAGAGAAAAAGGGGACGGGCAGGAGGGGAAGUAAGCAGGAACGAAACUGCUUUUCCUUUAAGUCCUGGUAACCAAGGCUUGAAACUAUGGACAGAAAUAUACCUCAUGACUGCGUUAUCUCUGAAUCUCGAAACUGCUGUUCCAGAGGCAGAGCUCCAGAUUAAGCUGGCUGAGCACAAGUUGUAACCAAAAGCCCCUUGCUAGCUAAUUCCUGAAACUGAUGUGCAAUUCCAUCUUUUGAUAGGUUGUUUCAUACUAUUCACACAGUCGCCUUUUGUGAAUGUUUUGUUGUGGAGCUUGAUGGCUAGAGAGAUUCCCCAGGCUCUCUCCUUCUGCUUCUCCCUCCUCCUGUUUCAUAGCAGAUGGGCAAACCGUCCCAUCAGAGCAUGGCUACAACCUCAGCACUGCUGGGGAAACAAAAUUCUGAUCCUGGGCAACUGAGAGAGGAGGAGUCAAAUCAUGUAAUGUAGAGGGAGGGGCCGGUGCUGCAGUUUUUUUAGAAGAUACGAUAGAUAUGCAAGAACACGGGCAUGUGCUAGGAAAAUAUGUAGGGGGAGAGGGCUGUAGACAAACUCAGAAACAUAUGAUGCCAUCUUUAAUUUUCCAGUCCUUACUGUGUGCCGUUAGGGCAAAUCUCUUUACCAUUGGCAAUGUAAUAGCUUGGGAUCCAGUCAUCCUAAUGCGUAAUGGGAAAAUGGCUUUAAUAGGAUCUCUAAAAUUUCAGACUCCAGCCAUCAGGUCCACUCUUUGAAUCCAUCAGAGAUGUGAUGGAACAUUAAGUGGCUCUGGUGGCUGUUAAAAUCAUGUUUCACAGACUGCUAUUUCAAGCACUGAAGUAUCCCCCAAACCUUGACUCCUGGUGUUUUUAAAAAAAAACCUGUUUCAUAUUCUGGAAGACUGAAACUUAGCAUCCCCCAAAUGGCAUAGGCCUUGGAGUUGUAGGGGGGAGAAGAGGUUUCAACACCUAACUGCAAUGGACAAGUCCUACUUUAAUUUUUGUAAAUUAAUUUUUAUGGACCAUCUUUAUGUUGAUGGUGUGGGAAAGGGGGAGAAUGUGUAUGAAAGAAGUAGCGUAGACAUAAAUGACAGCGUGAAGCUUCCUCUACAACAAUCCAGUCAGUAUCUGUUGCAGAGCACAAGACUAUUUAACUGAAUUAGUAUUAUCCAUCCGAGUGAAUUCUUUUUGUUUGUGGAAUUAUUUCAAAGUAGGUUAAUUCUCUGGGGGAAAUCCCUCUCAAUCCAGAGAGUUAAAAAUAAUGUGCAGGGAUUCGUAGCUCCUUAUGAAAUUGAACCUUCUGAUGAUUAGAGCCUAAUGCCGCCUUUUUUUUCCAAUAUUCAGGUUAGCAGAGUUGAGAGGAUUUCAAAAUCACAUUUGCUGGUAAGUGGGGGUGGGGAUGUGUGUGCAGAGAGAGAGGCUUUAGAAGUGGGAUUAGACUUCUAUGUACCAGUGAGUAAAACCUGAAUAGCUCAUGUGAACAGUGGAUGUUUUCUCUCCUCGCUAGAUGACUGUUGUGUCCAUGGCAUCUCUGAUAACGUGGUUAUUACCCAGAAGUAGGUGACAAGAUGGAGACUGAGUGUUACUUCUGGAAGGGAUGUAUUGAAUGCCUUCUUUGGCCAUUGUGUUAGGAGGUGGUUUCUGCCUUCACUCUAUCUGAAUUACAAGACCACUUCAUCUUUGACUUCUGCUAGACAGUACAUCCGUCAUCCUCAUUCCCCUCCAUCACCGUUACCUUCAACAAAAAUAAUUCCUCAGUACCCAUUAGCUUGUUGACUCUGGCAUUGGCCUUCUCUUCAUUGCCCUUUCCACUCAACAUUUCGUUGGUUUUGGCCAGUAAGGAGUCAUUUGCUUUCUUUGAAAAGCUCUUCUCCUUCCCUGAAAACAAUCUUUAAAGGGAUCUGAUCUAAAAUGGGAGAAAUAAGGGAUAACCCACAACAGUUUGUGUGCAGAUGGGAUGGGAUACAGAGCUAUGCCUAGACUCUGGUAAUCUUCCCUGAAUGAGUAUAAUUUUAUGCACUACAGUGAUCGCCAAUAAAAAGCCAACAUGCCUAUAAUAAUCCCCGAGUAUUCAGUCUCAAAUACUGCAGCAUUACCCCUGUAAAUUGUAAUUUUUGCACCAUUAGUGUAGGAUAUGCUGUACCUCUUAAAAAUAAGGGCAGUUACUACAGAUUGGUGUCAGAUGCAAUAGUUUUUAUUCUUUGUGUACUAAGAACAAGAAGUAAUGUCACAGAUGGCAACACGCAGUAACAAUUUACAUAAAUUGCAUUUUUUAUGGCGACCACUGUAAAUUUGAAUAUUUGUGGCCAGAUCCUCAGUUAAUGUAAAUUGGCUUAGUUUCCUUGACUUCCAUGGUGCUACACCGGUUUAAAUCAGUUGAGGAUCUGGGCCCAGAUCCUCAAAUCCUGGUAUGGAAAAUGUGCGAGCACACACAGAGGCACACACUUGACUGUAUGUUGAUUUUUAUACACUGUAUAAAGAGAUAAGUAAAAAUGGCCUGCUAGGCUCAUUUAAUAUUUGUUCUCCCUUAUGUGUCGGCUAAACCUAAAGUGCUUCUUAUGAUGUAAGGUCCACUGUUAACUCAUCUGUGACCUGCUGUAAUAAGACAUAUGAGAGUAUUGGGAGUUGAAAACAAAACAGAGUGAUGAAAUUUAUAGGCUAGUUGGUGGGUAUAACUAUCAGGGCAUUCUCAGUUGA